ACCUGGUGCGGCACCAGCGGAAACACACCGGGGAGAAACCCUACGUCUGCCCUCACUGCGGGAAGGGUUUCACUCAGAAACAACACAUGACCAAGCACCUCCAUGUCCAUUCGGCAGACAGGCAGCACAAGUGCAAGGAGUGCGGUGCGGCCUUUACGGACGCGGUGACGCUUGCCCAGCACAGGGUGGUCCAUGUUAAAGAGCAGCUUUGUAACUGUACUGUCUGUGGGAAGAACUUUAUCUGGCUGCCCAAUAGGAUCACCCCGCAGAAACGCCUGGGAAAAGCCAAACCGAAGAAAUGUCCGCAGUGUGAGAAGGUAGUGAGAAAGAAGCUUUCGCCGGGGAAAAGUCCGACCUUAGCCAUAAAGAAAGAGAAAGGCCGACCUCUACAGAAGCAAAAACUGAAACCCUUUCACUGCGAUCAGUGCGGCAAAAGCUUCGGCUGGUGGUCGGCCUUCAACAUUCACCAGCGGAGACACACCGGGGAGAAACCCUACGCCUGCACCGAGUGCGGCAAGAACUUUACAUGGUGGUCGGCCCUCAUUAUCCAUCAGCGCACCCACACCGGGGAGCGGCCCUUCCAGUGCCCGUCCUGCGGCAAGUGCUUCAGCCAGAAACCCAACCUCGUCCGGCACUUGCGCCGGCACACCGGGGAAAAACCCUAUCAGUGCAACGAGUGCGGGAAGAGAUUCACCCAGAAGCAACAUCUGUCCAAACACCAAAAUACUCACAGCCGAGGGGGAGGAGAUCUCAGGAAGGGGAAAUCUGCAAAGAGUUAG